UAUUUCGUGCUGGUCCACGCAUUCUAUACAUAGUUUUUGACAUUCAAAAGAGAACACACACACACACACACACAUAUAUAUAUAUAUAUACAUAUAAAAUGAUGAACAUAAAUAUGAGCAAACCCUAUUCUGCUACUACCAGAAGAAGAACGCAUUUGAAACCUAGUCAAGUUGCCGUACUUCAAGAAGCAUUUGUUACCAACACACUUCCCGAUGCAACCACCCGUGUACAAUUGGCUCAAGAACUCGGCGUGACUGAAAGAACAGUACAGAUAUGGUUUCAGAACAGAAGAGCCAAAGCACGCAAAUUAGAAGCACUUUCACCUGGAGCGCCUUCACUUGUGCCUAAUGUCAGAACUGGCUGGGUGGAUUUAUCACAAUCUCAUCAAAAGAGGUCCCAAUCCUUACUAUUAUUAGCGCAAAAAGAAUCCCCUCUAAUGAAACGUAGACCAAGAUCAAGCUCAAAACCUGAAAGAUCUUCAGUCACAUUUGCUGUUCCAACCAAAAGAGCCAUGUCGGAAGGCAUUCACAUUGUUGAAUCACAAAAUAAUCCACCACAACCCAGUCAUCCUAAAUCGUUUGUUUCUUUUGCUGUCCAAAAUAUUCGUAUUGGUACAUGGGCGAGAUUUGCAAGGCAGCUCAACCUUCAUGAAUGGGAUCUUUACUGCUAUAGUGAUCCUUGCUCACGUCAGUUGAUCUGGCAAGUUCAAGAUGCUGGUCAUCAGUUUCGUAUCGAGAUUGAUUAUGACCAAAUUCGACAUAUUCGCUUAGGCCAAAUCCAGUUAGACAUAGGACAAUUGGAGAUUGGUGUCCAAUCUGUCUCUUUCAGUAUGCGUUCACAAGGUGAAUCUGAAUGGGUGCGAUGCAAUGACUUUACAGAAAAUCAACAAGCAAGCCAUCCUGAGUCUAUUUCACAUGCCUUACAAGGUUCUCAUGAUCACCUUCGACAAUCCUUGUUGGAGCUUGUAUCUCAGGCACCCGAGUUAGCCUCUAAAUUAGUGAUUGUACCUGACUGCUUUGUGCGGGAUUUAACCAUCUCACCUUCUGCUACACCAGAACCUGUAAAUCAUUAUUUACAAACAACUCAUUAUGAGCCAGUUAAAAAUAACACUUGGAGUCCAUUCUUGGUUGAUUGUUUAGAUUGGCAACAGUCCAAUACGCCUGAAGAUCUUUUAAAUUCCUUUGUUUAAUCUGAAUCUGAAUCCAUCGUAAUAAUAAUA